CCCAGCACAAGUUCAUUUUAACAAUGCCUAAGGCUGGUUCUGGUAUUGAACUCUUCGUUGUUCAGGCAAAGCCUGUACUUGCUGCUGUCAGCCUGUGAUUACUGUGCUUUACCUUGUCCUGGAGAGGCUUUACACAGUACCCCUUGCAAUACAUACAGGUACAGCUUCUGUGCUAAUAAAGCUCCUGCUAACAGAGGAUGGUGACUUAAGUACUGCAGGGCAGGUAAGGAGGAUUUAAUUUUAUUUUCUGUGGAACAAAAGCAAACCCAUUUAAAUGGGCUCACCCAAAAGGUAUUUUCUGCUCAUGUGUGUGAACAGGUUUACUUGCCUGCUUGCUGGAGCAGAGGGCAACACAGCUGGGGGUUCAACUUCUCUGAUUCAGGGAAGUUUUUUGUAUCUCAUUAUUCUGACAGGACAGAGGGCCACAUCCAAAUGGUGUGCCUGUGUCCUUUCUGCUCCAGGCUGUGUCAAAGAUUGUGUUUGCUGAGACACACCAGCUUUAACAAAGUAACAUACUUUGCCGAAAUCUUUUCAUCAGAAAUGUUUUGACAAGUUCAAAUGCUGGCUCAAUAGUUGGUUUGCUAUUUCUUUACCCCUCUUUCCAAAGUCCAGGUUCUUAUAUUUCUUGGUUUAUCUCACACCUGAGAGUUUCUGCCUCCCAAGGUUGCUGCCGUGGUGGGAUGUGUGCUGAGUGCUCCAACUUUAAAGAGAAAGGCAUAGUUUGAGCACUUAGUGAGAUAGAUUGGAUGGUAUAAAAACAUGCCCUAAGCAAACACUGGAGUAGGAUGUAGCAAUCAGUAGGCUUUCUAAGGACCCUGUGGUUCAUCUGGCCAGGGUGAGCUCAUUUGAGCCUUUUAUUUCAUGCUUGGGCAGUCAGGCUAAAUCAUGUAGAUCAUUCUGUACUUUCAGCUUCUAAGUUCCUUGAGAGUUGAUCUAUCAGAUGGAGCUUUUAGUUUGCACAGAAAUAGCACUGCUUGUCUUAGAUUUUUUUUUGGCUGUUUAGGUUUUUUCCAAAGGCUGCAUAAUGAUCUGUGCUUGGUAACAGAGACAAGGACUCAGGCUUUUUCAUAUUCCAGAAUCAAAGGAGAAACUAAAACCUCAGCAGUGAAAUACAGCACACCGUGUAGUUUGUAAGGAAAGCACAAAAUACUCCUUAUACAAGUGAAUAUGUUUCUCAAUGCUUUACAAAAUUUAGUUACUCAAUCUAGAGGAUAUGUAAUUGUGAGAAUGUGAUAAAACUGUAUAAACUGUUAGCACACUUUUUUUGUUAAUCUUAAGUCUCUGUUUAGUUUGCUGCAAUCAGAACUUGUCCAGUGCUUGGAGCUGAGAACUCACCUACUGCAACUAUUAGGUAUUUAGGCUCUGAUUUAAAAAAACAGACAUGUCUGUGUCUGUGUGUGUGUACAUGUGUCUACACCUGCAUCCCCUUUGUAGACUCUAUGGGGCAUCCCCAAAUGUCUCUGCUGGCACCUACAGCAGGUUGCACCAGACAAGUAACCCACAUCUAUCACACCUUCCCUCUGUUAACAUUACAUCAUUGUCUGUUUACAACACAUCAUUACAUCCUGCAUUUCUGUUGUGCAUCUUGGGGGGGGGAGUGGGGUGGUGUGUAUGUGUGAUUGACACCUGGACAGUGUUUAUUUGAGUCAUUUUAAUGUUUUAAGCAUUCAGAGUGGGACACCUGCAUUGGCAGCCAAACCGCUCUGUGGACAAGCAGAGGCUGGAAGGUGUCCAUCUGCAUCACUGGAGUCGCAUCAGUGAAGUUCAGAAGGGCAGAUCUGAGAGGAAGGAGUACCACUGCUCUUCAGGGGCUGAGUUUCUCUCUGAACACAAGGUGGUGUAGGAUUUAUCCACUGUUUCUCCUAGAGAUUUUUUUUUCAGGAAAGCUGAAACUGCUUAAAAGGAAAGGAGGAGCCCCAGGUGCACCAUGGCCUCUUCCUAUAAGCACGCCCCAGACUUUAGAGAUACUGACUUACUGAAAAAGUGUCUAGAAACUGCUCUGCUAAUAAGGUCAGGUAUAUCUAAUUAACCAUCAUGGUCGUUGCUGUCAUAUUCAUCUCCUAACGAAGGUAAUUAGCACAGCAGUCAAUCUAACAACCUCUGCAUCUCCUGCCUUUCAGAUGCAAUGUUUUUUAACAGCAAAUGAUGAACUCUUGCUCCCAUGUAAUUAUUUUCAAAUCAUUAUUCUGUGAUGAGACAAGGCACUAAAAAGCAGCUGAAGGAAACAUUUGUCUAAAAGGCUAUUUCUCCAGCAGUUUUCUUGGUUACCUGUUAAAAAUGCAUCAAACCAGACUAACUGCAGAGUCCAUCAAGGUAUAGGUAGCUAAUGAAUGACAUUAUUCCUAACAGGCAGGAUGGGCUGCUUUUUAGUGACUCAAACUUUUAAGUGAGAAAGGAGGCUGAGGCUAAGCAGGCUUAGAAAAUUUCAGACGGUGCUUAGUGGGUAAAGAGAAAUGGAUUGUUCGUUGUGGCUCUCAUUUCUUCUUCUCAGUUAGCAUAGCAGCAAGAAUAAUUUGGCUGCAGAAGUUCAAGUAGAGCAGCGAAUUUCUGCCCAUGGUCCCUCCUUUUCCCCAGAGCGCGGUGGACACGAUGUCCCAGGUUCAAGCCAGGGCAACUCAACUCUUGCAAUAUUUUGGUGUCGCCACAGGGUGGUGGUGAAGAUCUUACAGAAAACUUCGUUGAUCUGCUGUGCUGAGGGAACGUUCUUUGAUGUGUGCAGAGCACACGUGUCACAUCUUUGCAGUGUGGUGACACCCUCAGACUCUGUUUGCAGUCACUUGAACCAACAAGAGUUCGUUGACACAUUAACUCACGUUACUUUUGGUUUUAUCCUUCACUGUUGAUGAUCAGCAUUUAGGGAGUUGAUGAUAAUCUCAGUUGACUUCCACCAGUCCUUAGACAACAGCAGUUCCAGUAGUUUCAAGAAGACACAGUUAAGAAUUGAGUUAUGGCUUUUUUCAAAUUAGUUACCACUAAUACAUAAUUUAGUAGCCCAAUAACUUUGACUGUUGCUUGAAUAGCUAGAUAGGGAGCCUGCUAACUACACAUGAAAAACUUUGUAAUUCUAUUUAUUCUAUUUUUAAUUUACCCUUGUUACUUCUUUUCCUUAAUCACCUAAUAAUUGUAAUGACACAUUCUUAGCAUUUUUUGUUUUAAUUUCUAUACUCUUUGUCCCUAAAUCCAUUGUAAAUUAACUGACUCAGAAAUUAUCUUCUUGACAUAUUUUAGCACUACAAUAAUGGUGUGAGACAUGCCUUCCAUCCCACAAAUCAUCCAAGCUGUCAGAGGCUAACAUUUGUGUGAUACAUUUGUACAAAGGAACAGGAAAUCAAAGCCUUAUUAAUCCAUUUUAACGAUUUCCUUUUAUGUAACAGUGGUAAAAGCCAAAGUACAGAGCACUUCAGCUUAAUAUUGGAAUAAAUAGAAAGAUUCCACUUUAAACCUCUGUUUUAAUUAUUGAACAGCUCUCAGAAUUAAAUCACUGACCUUUGAGAAUUUAGUGACCAAACAAGUGCUUGUCCUCAAGACACAUAUCGGAGUGUGCAUUCUUUUACAUGAAGUUUCUACACUCAGUAUAAAGAUGUCCAAGAACACUGCAAGUACCAAGUGAACAAGGUAAGAACAAAGGUCCUAUAUAUAUGAUGAUGGUGUCAGGUUGUAGGGAGGAGUGCAUGUAUGGGGGACCAACCACACUGUCUAUUCUUUAGGCAGGAAAUGCUUCCCUAGACAACUCUGGGAAUGGGGUUCUCUGUAAGUGGACAAGGACUGUCAGAGUUCUCUGUAGGAUGCAUCAUAACCUAACAGUGUCAUACAGAGCACUUCUUCCUUUUGAAUGCCUAUGGAGUGCUUUGACUAAGGCAGCAAAUAUUUAUAUACCUCAGAAGGAGCAAAUGUUUUAUCUAUUUUCACCUUUCUUCAGUGCCAACCAGCAGCAGCAGCCAAAGUGGGAUUUUUUUGGUUGGUGAUCAAACAUCUCUGAGUAAAUCCAUUGGCAAAGACACCAUAAAUAAUUUCUAAUAAUGGUUCCAAAAUGGGAAACUUUUCUAAACAGAGAAUAAAAAGAUUAAGGAGCAUGUCCCAAAGAUAAAGUCUUACUCUAUAAAUUAGAUUAAGGGUGUAAUUAUUCUUAUUGUGGACAUACUGGUGUCUCUUUACAUGGUACUUGUGUGCAUUGUUUCAUGAGAGUGAGAAAUUGUGGUGAAGGGAUUAAAGAGAAGACAUAAUUUUUUAGUUAAUGCUAGUUAAUAUUGCAAAAGAAAUACUGAUCUUACUCUUCAUUAAUAAAAGAACUAAUUCCAAAGCCAAUUGUUUAACAUUUACUCAUAAUAACAAUCACUUUUACCUGUUUAAGUAUUAACCUAUAUAGCUGAAGCUUCUGUGCAUUAACAUUUCUGGAUAUUAAUUCCAAACAAGGCAGGUAUUCAUUUUGUUUCUAUUUACUUUUUAUUCCUCAGUCUAAUCUCUUCCCAACAAUUGCUCUUACACUCACUUAAACCAGCUGUGUCCAGGAUUAAGCCUAAAUGUAUUUCAAUGGGCCUAUAUUUAAAAAACAUUAUAUAGGAGGGCCUCUCUAGAGAAAAGAUAAAUAUAAGAUGGACUUUUAGUAGCAAAGUUACAUGAAUUGGGAGCACACAGCUAAAGACUUGUUUUUGCCAAAAACUCUCUUGAUCCCUCACACCUUUGCCCUCAUCUCACUCUGCUCCACCUCUAACCCCUCCUCUGAGGUCAUUCAACUUAUUAACCCAGUAGGGAACUAAUCUGAGUGAAUAAUAAUAAAAUUUUAAAAAAUUAAAAAUUUAAAAGUGAUUGCUCUGAGCUGAAUGAAGGGGUUGAAUUGCCUUAGCUCACCUCCCAUGACACUAUCUCCUGGUACAACCAUGCAGUCACAAGUAGGUGUAGGUAGAAAUGUGGAUGGAGAAUUGUGUAAAGCUAAUAUUUUAAAUGUAGAAUGAUGCCAGGACUGAUAUGUCCAUUAAAUAAUUAUUUUAAAUAGCACUCAGUAGUCUCCAGGACUGUAAUUAAUGCAAUAGAAAGAUUUAUAAAUAAAACAAAACAAUAGACAUGGUGAAACCCCAUUUCCUUGUUUUGCUCCCUGCACCACCCUGCAUUCCUUUCUAAGGUAGGCACAGGCAGAUGUACUUUUUCUUCUUAAAUAUUUCAGCCAAAAUCUUAUAACCUAUCUAAAGAAUGAAAAGCUGGAUUGUACUGCUGGCUAUUGUAGUCAGCACAGCAGAGACACAGAACCAGGACAUCUGCACCCAAGGGUAUCCUGGCAUUCCUGGCAAUCCUGGGCACAAUGGCAUACCUGGUCGGGAUGGACGUGACGGGUCAAAAGGAGACAAGGGAGAUACAGGUGAACCAGGAAUUCCUGGAAGUCCAGGAAAAGAUGGUGUCAAUGGAGAGAAAGGUGAACGAGGAACCAAUGGGACUGUUGAAGAGAAGGGGAACAAAGGAGAUAAAGGAGAAAGAGGACCACCGGGGAAACUGGGACCAAAAGGAUUUAUAGGAUCAGUGGGUCACAAAGGUCAGAAGGGAGAGCUGGGACUGCAAGGACAAAAGGGGUUAAAAGGAGACAUUGGACCCAUAGGUCCAAAAGGGACAAAGGGUGAAAUUGGCCAUCCUGGAAGAGUUGGUUUCCCAGGGCCGAUUGGCCCGAUUGGUAAUCCAGGUCCUAAAGGUAAUACUGGAGGUAUAGGACCACAGGGCAAUCCUGGAGUUCAGGGGGAAAGAGGCUUGAAAGGAGACAGAGGAGACAAGGGGGAGGUAGGUGCCCCAGGAGUCCUCCCAAGGAGUGCUUUCAGUGUUGGCCUUACAGCCAACACCAAGUUUCCCCCUCCGAAUCGCCCAAUCAAGUUUGACAAGGUGCUCUAUAACAGCCUGAAUGACUUCAACUCGGCUACUGGCAAGUUCACCUGCAAACACCCCGGUGUUUACUAUUUCACCUACCACAUCACUGUCUACUCGAGGAACGUGCGAGUAGCUCUCGUUAAGAACGGCAUCAAGAUGCUGCACACGGUGGACAGGUACCAGAGUGGAGAGGACCAGGCCUCGGGAGCCGCCAUCCUCGAGCUGCAGGGAGGAGACGAGGUGUGGCUGCAGGCCCACCAAGGAGAGGCUUUCAAUGGGCUCUUUGCAGAUGGCGAUGACGACACCACCUUCUCUGGGUUCCUCCUCUUCAGCACUGCUGACCCACUGCAGCCACUGCUGCUGCCCACCCUGUAGCUCCGCAUUAUCCCUGAAUGCCCUCCCUAAGAAAGCUGUUAUCUGCUGGGCAAUUUCUGCUGGAUUCAACACAAGAGACUUGGUUUCAGGGACAGCUUCUGCACAAGAGAGGACAAGACUUCAGAAUCUACAGUGCUGGCCUUAACAAUAUUAGUGGUUUGGUGACUUACUGUAGGCAUUCACAGGGGUGUGUACCCCAGUUCUGAAGAACAAAUUUUAAACCAAAGUGAGAUGAAAUAAAAGACAAAA